AUGGCGAUUAAACACUCUCUUCUGCUGAUAAUGCUCAUCUUCCUAGUGGGCCUGGUGGCUCUUACUGAGCCAGCAAGGGAUGAUUGUGAUUGUGAUAUCCCAAAAGACUUUGACAGUAGUUAUUUUGGAGAUAAAUUUAUUUUUGGUAUAGCCACUUCUGCUUAUCAGAUUGAAGGCGGAACAGGGAGUGAAACGGGUAGAGGACCUAGUGUCUGGGACACAUUUACCCAUGAGACUCCAGAUAGGAUUAAGGAUGGCAAAAAUGGAGACAUGGCUGUAGAUUUCUAUAAUCGAUUUAAAGAAGAUAUAGCAAAUGUGAAGAAGAUGGGUUUUAAAGCUUUCAGAAUGUCCAUUUCGUGGUCUAGAGUUAUACCCACUGGAAGCAUACGUGAUGGAGUGAACGAUCAAGGAAUUCAAUUUUAUCGUGAAGUUAUCAAAGAAAUUAAAGCCAAUGAACUCGAACCUUUUGUCACUAUUUUUCACUGGGAUACUCCUCAAGCUCUAGAAGACAAAUAUGGUGGCUUUUUAAGUCGUACUAUUGUAGAUGAUUAUCAAGAUUAUGCGGAUCUUCUUUUUAAAGAAUUUGGUGAGGACGUGACAUAUUGGAUGACUUUCAAUGAGCCGUGGGCUCUUAGUGGAUUUGCCUAUGAUGAUGGAAUUUUCGCUCCUGGUCGAUGCUCAUCUUGGGUGAAUCGUAAAUGUCGUGCUGGAAACUCAGCCACUGAACCUUAUAUAGUUGCACAUCAUCUACUCCUUGCUCAUGCUGCAGCUGUAAACAUAUAUAAAAAAAAAUACAAGCAAAUUCAAGGUGGUCAAAUCGGGAUAACACUUUUUACCUUUUGGUUUGAACCUCUCUCUAAUAGACAAGUUGAUAUCGAAGCAUCCGAAACAGCCCUUGAUUUCAUGUUUGGAUUGUGGAUGGAUCCUCUAACCUAUGGUCAAUACCCAAGGCGUGUCCAGAAUUUAGUUGGAGAUAGACUGCUUGCAUUUACUGACAAGGAAAUUAAACUGCUUAAAAAAUCAUAUGAUUUUAUUGGAUUGCAGUACUACACUUCAUAUUAUGCAAAACCAAACGUUUAUAUUGAUCCAAAUUUUGUUAGAUACAAAACUGACAGUCACGUCAAUAUAACUCCUUAUGAUUAUAAUGGUCAUCUCAUUGGUGAAAAGGCUUACUCUCCUUGGUUUUACAUUUUCCCAAAAGGUAUCCGACGUCUUUUAAAAUAUACCAAAGAUACAUACGAUAAUCCAGUAAUUUAUAUUACUGAGAAUGGGGUUGACAAUAAUAAUGAUGAAACUCAACCCAUUGGUGAAGCACUCAAAGAUCAAUUCAGAAUAAAUUAUUAUCGAAAUCAUACGUGGAAUGUGUUCGAAUCGAUCGACAAAGACAAAGUUAAUGUUAAAGGUUACUUUGCAUGGUCAUAUAUGGACAAUUUUGAAUGGAAUAUUGGUUAUACUUCAAGAUUUGGUUUGUAUUACGUAGACUACAAAGAUAACCUGAAAAGAUCCGCCAAGGAUUCAGCUAUUUGGUUCUGCAAGUUCAUUAAAUUUUUGACUCCAGCCGAAUGUGAUAGCCUGCGUCCAGAACAGAUCACCCAGGUUAUUUCAAGGAAGCUUGGCAAAUACUACCUGUAA